AUGUGGAAGUCAUGGAGUAUUGAUCUGCUCUUGUGGAUACACAAAAUCAAAAGCACAAAAUAUCGAAAAAAAUAUCGUUCCUCAAAUUUCUGCUACCGCCCGCUUAGCUGUACAAUGAUAACAAAGAAAACCUCUGAGGAGCAUUCGGGCCUGCGAACGGCGCUUUUCGAACCGAAUGGUGCAGGCGAACCUCCUCGGCGUCCCUCGGAGACACCUUCCGUUCUUGCAAAGCUGAACAUCACCUUAGGAGAAGUCAUCGGAAAUGGGGCGUUUUCGUGUGUAAAGAAAGGCCGUGCACUGGGGUUCAAGGAUGUGGCGGUUAAAAUUAUCUCGAAAAAUGCGGCCACGCAGAACGUGCUGGUCAAGUUUAUGCCACGUGAGUUAGGAAUCAUCAAAACGCUACGGCACAAAAAUAUCAUCGUUUACUACGAGUAUGUCGAGACGACCAUGCGGUAUUACAUCGUGAUGCAGUACGCGGAAAGGGGAUCGUUGCUGGAGCUGCUAAAGAAGGAGAGCAAACUCGAUGAGGGCCGCGCUUGGCGAUACUUCCAUCAGCUAAUCAGUGCGGUCAAGUACAUCCACUCCAUUGGCAUCGUGCACCGGGACAUCAAGUGUGAAAAUAUCGUGUUUGAUGCACGCGACAGACUGAAGCUGAUCGAUUUCGGAUUCGCCUGCCACGUGAAUACGAUGGCCGACGGAAGCGUGGAAAUGAUAAUGCCGACGAUGUCGAAGACAUUCUGCGGAAGCCACGCGUAUGCUAGUCCGGAAAUCUUACGUUUCGAACCGUACGAUCCGGUACCGUCAGACGUUUGGGCGUGCGGAGUUGUGCUCUUCUCGAUGGUGUGCGGAAAGCUACCGUUCACCAAUGCCAAGGUGGUAACGGUGUUGCUUAAGAUUAUGAGCGAAGGUCCCCGGUAUCCAAAGGACGCGAAUGUAAGCGAUAAAUUGAAGGAUUUGCUGGGCGAAAUUUUCAAACCCGUCAAAGAACGUAUUACCGUUGCGGUAAUUCGGAAAAACAGCUGGGUUCGUACCAUACCGGCCACUGUAACGAAUAACUCCGUAAAGCGCGUAGAAAAUGCUGCCGCUGAUAAGGAGCGCACUGACCAACCGCCGGAGAAACGCUUCAAACUAGACUAUCUUCUGUAGCGGCUCUGCUAACUUGUGUCCCAAAUUAUUUUUGAGGGUGUUUAAUCGUAAAAAAUAGAAAAUACAAUAGUAUUAUUAAUUUGAAUUUCUAUUUCUAUCAGUAAUGAUAGAGAUGAUUAAAUUCUAAAUUCAAUAACCGUCAGACGGAUCCCCUCCCAUCUUCGUUACGUUGAUCAGUGAUGGAAGGAUAUCACAACGCGUGAAUCGUCCUUGAACGUGCCAUUGAAACU